AUGGCGGAGAGUGAAGCCGAGACCCCCAGCACCCCCGGGGAGUUUGAGAGCAAAUACUUUGAAUACAAUGGAGUGCGGCUCCCUCCCUUCUGCCGGGGGAAGAUGGAGGAGAUCGCCAAUUUCCCGGUGAGGGGCAGUGAUGUCUGGAUUGUCACCUAUCCCAAAUCAGGCACAGGCUUGCUACAGGAAGUGGUAUAUCUAGUGAGUCAGGGAGCUGACCCUGAUGAGAUUGGAUUAAUGAAUAUAGAUGAACAGCUUCCAGUCCUAGAGUAUCCUCAGCCUGGUCUGGACAUCAUCAAGGAGCUCACAUCUCCUCGCCUCAUAAAAAGCCACCUACCAUAUCGGUUUUUGCCUUCAGACCUCCAUAACGGCGAUUCCAAGGUAAUAUACAUGGCUCGCAACCCCAAAGACUUGGUAGUGUCCUAUUACCAGUUUCACCGCUCCCUAAGAACCAUGAGCUACAGAGGAACAUUUCAAGAAUUCUGUCGAAGGUUUAUGAAUGACAAGUUAGGAUAUGGUUCAUGGUUUGAGCAUGUGCAAGAAUUCUGGGAACAUCACAUGGACUCCAAUGUACUUUUCCUCAAGUAUGAAGAUAUGCACAAGGACCUUGCAACAAUGGUUGAGCAGCUGGUGAGAUUCUUGGGAGUUUCUUAUGACAAAGCACAGCUGGAAUCCAUGGUGGAACAUUGCCAUCAACUCAUUGAUCAGUGCUGUAAUGCAGAAGCCCUUCCAGUUGGCCGGGGACGAGUUGGGCUAUGGAAAGACAUCUUCACUGUCUCAAUGAAUGAGAAAUUUGAUUUAGUUUAUAAGCAGAAGAUGGGAAAGUGUGACCUCACAUUUGACUUUUAUUUAUAA